AUAAUUGUUGCCAUUAGAGUCAUCAGAAAGGAAAUAAUCACCAGGAUUGCACUUCUUCCCCAGCUCGAGACCAGCACAGGAAUUAAAGCAAAAGGGGAGGACAGGCAGACAGAUUGAGGGAGGCAUUGAGCCACCAGGAGAGCAGAGCACCAAUUAAAGGCAGCAGCAGCAGCCAUUGGCCUGCCAUCUCCUUCCUUGCUAUCUUUAGCAGCUGCUUGCAUUGCUUGUGCAAGGCAAGGGAGGCAGGGGAGGUGGGGGGAGCCGGAGCAGAGGAGAGGAGAGGACCCCUCCCCUGUUUCCUGUUCCUCCUCUGUUUCUUGGGUUGGCCCGCCGCGCCGGCGUCCGCGGCGGGGGCCAUGGGGUGCGCGUCGUCGAGGGCCGGGGCGGUGGCGUCGCCGGGGUACGAGGUGUCGUCGUCGUCGUACGAGGUGUCCAGGAGCGCGUCGUCGGAGCCGGGGUCGGCGUCGAUAUGGAGCCGGCCGGUGCGGCUGGAGGCGUUCGAGCUCGGCGGGGACGUCGGCGACAGCGAGGAGGAGCGCCGUCGCCCCGGGGAGACCCGGUUGGGGAACCUGCGGCGGUGCAUCGAGGGUGAGCAGGCCGCCGCCGGGUGGCCGUCGUGGCUGAGCGCCGUGGCGGCCGAGGCCGUGCAGGGGUGGGUGCCCCUCAGGGCCGAGAGCUUCGAGAAGCUGGAGAAGAUCGGGCAGGGGACGUACAGCAGCGUAUUCCGGGCGCGGGAGCUGGCGACGGGGCGGCUGGUGGCGCUCAAGAAGGUGCGGUUCGACAGCCUGGAGCCGGAGAGCGUGCGGUUCAUGGCGCGGGAGAUCCUCAUCCUCCGACGGCUGCAGCGCCACCCGAACGUCGUCGGGCUCGAGGGCCUCAUCACCUCCCGCUCCUCCUGCGCCAUCUACCUCGUCUUCGAGUACAUGGAGCACGAUCUCGCCGGACUCGCCUCCGCCCCCGACGUCGCCUUCUCCGAGGCCCAGAUCAAGUGCUACAUGCGGCAGCUGCUGGAGGGCCUGGCGCACUGCCACGCGCGUGGGGUGAUGCACCGCGACAUCAAGUGCGCCAACCUUCUGGUGAGCAACGCCGGCGAGCUCAAGGUCGCCGACUUCGGCCUCGCCAACACCUUCUCCCCGUCGAGUGCGGCGCCGCUGACCAGCCGCGUCGUCACGCUCUGGUACCGCCCCCCGGAGCUUCUCCUCGGCGCCACCGCGUACGAGCCCUCCGUCGACCUCUGGAGCGCCGGCUGCGUCUUCGCCGAGAUGCACGCGCGCCGCCCCGUCCUCCAGGGCCGCACCGAGGUCGAGCAGAUCCACAAGAUCUUCAAGCUCUGCGGCUCGCCGCCAGAUGACUUCUGGCGCCGCUCCGGGGUCGCCCACGCCGCCGUCUUCCGCCCCCACCACCCCUACCCGAGCCGCCUCAGGGACACCUUCGCCUCCUGCAUGCCCGAGCACGCGUUCCGCCUCCUCGCCACGCUCCUCUCCCUCGACCCCGCCGCCCGCAGCACCGCUGCCGCCGCCCUCGACGCUGACUACUUCAGGACGCCGCCGUACGCGUGCGAGCCGUCGAGCCUGCCCAAGUACGCGCCCAACAAGGAGAUGGAUGCGAAGUUUCGAGAAGAUUCUAGAAGGAGGAGCAACGGCAGGAACCACGGCGGCGAGGCGGCGAAGCGGCUGUCAAGGCUGCACAAAAGCAUGCAACUGCAGGACAUGAACCAGAGGCACGGCAAUGGCCACGUCCACGCCGAGGAAUCGCUGCCCGGGGCCGGUGACGGCGCGGCGGCCAGGAAGGACGGCGAGGCGCCGCUGUUCAUCGACCUGCAACCCGUGCCGGCGAUCAGCAAGCUGCACGGCGACGACGACGGCGACCGCGCCGCGCCGUGCGCCAGGACCAUGUCUAGCAGCUACAAGGAGGCGCCCCGGCUCGCCGACAGCCUCCCGCUCUCCGGCCCGGUGCAGCUCGCAGCGUCCACCGGCUUCGCCUGGGCCAAGAAGCCCCGGCCCGACGCGGCGGCGACGAAGAGGGGCUUCUCCAAGGGGCCAAGGACCAACAACAAUGGAGGAGAAGACGCUGCAAGAACCACCACCGCCGCCACCACAGCACCGUACGAGGUGGAGAAGCAGAAGAUGACCAAGCAGUGGGCACACGUCGCUGAGGCUUUCAGCACCUCUGAAGCUUACAACAACAGGUUGAGGCAGACGCUGGAUGUCAAGCAGCUCAAGACUGGAAAGAAGUACAAGGGGAAGGUGGACAGGGUGGACUUCUCGGGGCCACUGUUGUCGCAGCCCCGGCGCAUCGACGAGCUCCUGCAGAACCACGAGCAGCAGAUCCGGCGAGCCGGUCGCCGGUCAUGGUUCCAGAAAGGCAGCAAAAGGGAGCAGCACUGACAGAGGCAUGGCAUGGUCACAAAUCACAAAACAGAACACCAUCAGAUUGUAUGUACUUACCACAAGGAAAACAAGAUGUGCUGCAAGCAAAUCAAAGGGAUAAAGGAAAUAUAACCAUGAGUUCUCUUGAUGAGCAGUUGUUUUUUCAGGGCUGGACUGGACACAGCCAGCCCCAUGCCAUCAGAGAAAGAGCUGAGGUGGAAACUGUUGUAGUAUUUUUCAGUUUUCAUGCAACCAAAUAUGUUCCACCUGAACUGAACAAUUCUGUUGUUGUACAAGAUUUUUGUGCUCACAUGUGAUGAUCAGAUAAAUCGGAGGCUCCGAAAUGUGGUUUCCAAAUUCUGUACAGCAUGAGGUUAUAGAGUUGCCAAUCAUAACGCCUGUAGUAUCAUCCCAUUGUCACAUCGAUUUCU